AUUACAAUUUAAUUUGAAAAAAAAAAAAGAAAAAUGGUGGGACAAUUGAAAAGGGGCUGAAAUUUAAAAAGAGGGAAAAUAAAUAGAAAAUAAAAAUAAUAAAACUUAAAGCUAAAGAAAAACGCUCGUCCUAAUCUUUACUUCUCUCGAUCUCAAUGCCCAAAAACAAUACAAAUAUUCCCAAUUUGGAAACUUUAUAUUCUCUUUUUUUCUCUCUGUUCUGUUUUGUUUGUCCAACAUGAAAGACAGAGGAAAGAGAACAGCAACGGAGCGAAGAAACGACGACGCUUCAUUCUAUUACAGCACACCCUCCGACCUCUCUUGCCGGAAGCAUCCAUCUGUUUCCGCUGUCGGAAUCUGUCCGUACUGUCUCAACGACCGUUUAGUUAACCUCGUAUGCUCCGAAUGCGGCGAACAGAGACUCUUUUCUUGCUCAUGUUCCGACGUCUCUCCUAAUCCGACCUCAAACUUCGCCGGAAACGUCGUCCGGAUCUCUUCUUUCAUCGACGAAGAGGCGACGAAACAGAGGAAGACGACGGAGAAGAGUCGAAAAACAGAGGAAGUUGUGGUGUUCAAGAGGAGUAGUAGCAGUUGCGUUGAGAUUAGUAAGAGGAAGCAUCAUAGGUUCUCAAAUAUCGGAAGGUUCUUCAGGAAGAUUAAUCUCAUAAAUGAGAGAGCUUUGGAUUACAACGACGAUGGUAAGAAACAGAGUGUUUUGAGAUCAAGAUCUCUGUGUAGUUUCCGAGGAGGAAACGGGUGCUUUAUCGGGUCGGAAGAAGACAUGUCGUCUUAUUCCGGUGCAAGGAGCUCUUUCUCCGCCGCGAGAAGCUUGAGCGUCAAUGGCGGGUUAGGGGUUUUCGAUACGAUGACAGAGCAUCGGAAGAGCAACUUCAGUGAAUCAGAGCCGCUGCGACGAAGCUGUUUCGAGGGGAGGAAGAGUAACUUCAGUGAAACAGAGUAUACUCGGAGGGAGAAUAAUUAUCCACAGAGGAGCAACUACGAAGCAGCAGCAAGUAAGAGUGAUUCGUCGGCGAUGAGUUUCACGAGAAGGGUUUUAUCGGUGAAAGAUGGUGAAGAAGAAGAGCCUGGUUUUAUCGAGAUUAAAUUCGAUUCCUCUGGACAAGUUGUAAACGACGGCGUUUUGGAACACGGAGGAGGAGGGUCUUGCCGGUUAACCACGAAGGAUCGAGAGGUGAGUAGGAGUCGAAGGAGCUUCAAAGGAUGGAAAUGGUUAUUCGGACAUCAUCAUCAAAGAGAUUCAUCAUCAUGACGACGAAGAUUGAAGGAAAGAGAUGAAUUUUAUGGGAUCCAGUAAGGAACAAUUGUCAACUCAAUUGCUCCUAUGUCAAUCUUAGUGAGAAAGCUUUGGCACUUUUUGAAUAUUUUUUUUCAUUUUGUUUUGUUGAAUACAUCGAAAUUGGAAUUCAAGUUUUAUGA